GGCUCCUGCAGCAGCGGCAGACUGUGGGCGGUGGAGCUCCCGUGCGCCCCUCGGGUCCGACCCUUCCAGUGUCCCGCUCCCUCGCCAGCCUGCCUCGCUCCUCUGCGCCAUGACCACCACCACCACCUUCAAGGGCGUCGACCCGAACAGCAGGAAUAGCUCCCGGGUUUUGCGGCCUCCAGGUGGUGGAUCCAAUUUUUCAUUAGGCUUUGAUGAACCAACAGAACAACCCAUGAGGAAGAAUAAAAUGGCCUCUAACAUCUUCGGGACACCUGAGGAAAAUUCCCCUUCGUGGGCCAAGUCGGCAGGUGCCAAGUCUAGUGGUGGCAGGGAAGAUUCAGAGUCGUCUGGACUGCAGAGAAGGAACUCUUCUGAAGCAAACUCUGGAGACUUCUUAGAUCUGAAGGGAGAAGGUGACAUUCAUGAAAAUGUGGACACAGACUUGCAAGGCAGCCUGGGACAGGGUGAGGAGAAGCCCGUGCCCGCCGCACCCGUGCCCAGCCCAGUGGCCCCGGCCCCAGUGCCGUCCAGAAGAAACCCUCCUGGGGGCAAGUCCAGCCUCGUCUUGGGUUAACUCCGACUGUCCUGAACUCUGUUGUUUUGUUUGUUUGUUUUUCUCCAUGCUUGUGAACUGCACAACUUGAGCCUGACUGUACAUCUUUUGGAUUUGUUUCAUUAAAAAAGAAGCACUUUAUGUACUGCUGUCUUUUUUUUUUUUUUUUCCUCUUUUUGAAGAACAGGUUUCUCUUUAUGUGUCCUGACUCCUCACGGGCCCUGGCAUGAGUGUUUUCUAGUAGUAGAUUGGAGGGAAAGCUUUGUGACAGUACUGUGUUUUUAAGAACAAAUAAUUUGGUUCCAAACGUGUUAUUAGAGGAUCUUUUGUACUGAGGUUUUUAACACUCUUUACUUGGGUUUACCAAGCCUUGCUUGGACAGACCAUAAACAAUCCACAGGCACCGUUCCUGUCAGGCCCCGACACGCAAGGUUGUCUUUAUGCAGAACCUUCUCCUUGGUGUUGUUGUCACUUAGUCCCUUUGCUAAAGCAUCUUACUGUGCCAUACGGAACAAUAAAGAGGCCCGCGCCUCAUGCCUGCUGCCUGCAAAGCAAAGAAACUGCCUUUUAUUUUUUAACCUUAUGAAGUAAGCCAGAUACUGACGUGGUGGGCUGCUGCUGAGCAAAGCCUGCUGCUCAUGCAGAGGAAGGCUGGAAUGUGCAAUCCAACUGACUGCAACUCCAGGUGGUGAAGCAGGCAAGGGAGGUGGUCACACGGAAGUGGGUCUUUAUCCAGGAACGGACCCCACAGGGACAUUGUUCUCAUUAAAUAACUUGAUGCUGUGUGCAUGAUGCUGGUGCUUGACCAUGAAACGAAAAUCUCAUCCUUAAAAUGUGUGUUGUCCUUCACAAUCCUGGACUGUUGCUCAAAGUAAAUAAUAUCCACAUUUUGAAA